AUGGCAUCUCAACAGUGGAAAGUGGACGAGCCCUGGCUUGACCUUAAAUGCGCACUCGGUGAAGGACCAUUCUAUGAAAAGGAGACCAACUCACUGCGUCUUGUUGACAUCAAGAAGAAGCAUGUACACACCGUUUCUAUAAGCGACAACGGAGAUGGGUCCUCUCUAAAGACCAUACAACUGGACGUUUGCCCAACAGUCACUGCCGACAUCGAGGGCGUGGACCCCCAGGAUCGCAUUCUACUUGGUGUUAAACACGGACUUGCAGUGUUAGAUCGUCAAGCCGGAACAUACAAGAUGCUCGCACCGUUCAACGCCCAGGAGAACAAUGAGCGUAUCCGCUCCAACGACGGUGCGGCAGAUCCCCAUGGCAAGUUUUGGCUGGGGACCAUGACGGAUUUCGGGCUUGGAGAAUUCCAGCCAGAAGGGUUUCUUGCACGCUUUGAUUCGUCCAGGGCAAAAGAGGAGGUCUUGACGGAUCUGGUCAUCCCCAAUGGCCUUGGGUGGUCACCGGAUAAGAAAACUAUGUACUUUACGCACUCCAAGACGCGAGAGGUAUUCGCGUUUGACUACUCCCUAGAGACUGGGGCUGUAAGCAACAAACGCCUCUGGUAUCGGCACGAGGGACCAGGCGAGCCUGACGGCUUCCGCGUCGACGUGGAAGGAAACGUGUGGCACGCCAUCUAUGGAGAGAGCUCGGUGAUCAAGAUCAAUCCCCAGGGCAAGGUUAUCGGAAGCAUAACUCUGCCGACUAGGAACAUUACCUGUGUCCAGUUUGUGGGUACGGAACUAUUCAUCACGUCAGCAGCGGACGCGGAGGGCGACGAGACAAGUCAGAAGUAUGGCGGUGGUGUCUUUAAGGUUGAUGUGGGGAUUGCGGGUUUGGAGCUAUUCAAGUUCAAGUUAUAA